AUGUCGACCCUCACAAGAGCAUUCACCCGGCGCAAUAAGCGCCCAGAAGUGUCCGCACCCAUGCCCUAUCGUGGCGAAGGACAUGUGCGACUCAACUCGGCAAGUAUAAAGCGCAGCAACAUCUCUAGACCGGUCCAGCUUUUGUCCACGACGAACAUGCUAGCCUACGACGCUCCCGAUAUCAAUCAUAUCAGCUCUUCAUCUGGCUCAUCACUAGGAUCGCGUGACGACUCCGACGCUGCCUUCUCCCCGCAAAGCUACGCGUCUUCGAUGUCAUCGCCCGACGUCUCUCCUUACGAGAGCUCUCCCGUUGACCCAAACCCAUUGACGUCGUAUUUUCCGAAGCGCACGGCCACCGUGACAAGCCACCCGCGUUCCUCCACGUCUUCGUCAGCUGCAGAUGCUCCGCUGGUGCCCAAGCGGGCUCUGUCCCACACCAAGCGGUCGCACCAGGAGCUCGCUCACAAGCGUUCGGUCUCUAGGAUGUCCCCGCCUCCGCUGAACGCGGCGCGCAGCACACCGGCCAUUCGUGCAUCGCAGGAAUUCUUCCAGGCUGAGCCGCAUCCAUUCGGCAAAGAGCUAGAGCAGGUGAACGAGGUCGUGGAGGAAUUUGGGGGCUUCAAUAUGCUCGAUGAUGAAGAGCGGAUUCUCUAUGCCAAGGGGCUCAAGAAGUUCUCUGUCGAAGAUUAUCUUGCGGAAGUUGAAGAACUGUACGGGAGCAUUUUCGAGGACACACGUGGACCUAUGACCACAUCUUGGCUCUAA